GGCUGUAGCACUGGCUACCCUCAGAUGUUAAACAGGUGACCUCAUAGCAGUCUGGGAGUAAAGGAGGAGAAAUAGAGAUUGGAAGCUCUAGGAAAGAAAGUGAAGAACAGAAAGGUCGCGGAGCGACAUUGGAUGGCAAUAGGAGGGGAGCUUCCCCCUUUAGCGAGCUACCCGAUUCAGGAAGGGCUGGGAGACCUAGCAAGGAGGACAGAGAUAGACGCUCGGAGGCUCUUGAGGGGUGCUGAUCAGGAGACACUGGUUAGGCUUGGGACCGCGAUCUGCCGCAGGAGUAGAGAUCCUGUCACGGGUGUACUGCAGAUCCGGAGAGGCGCGGCCUUGUUGACCGAUCCCGAAGGAGAGGUUUACCUACACACAGGGAUUCUUGGGGUAGAAGGAGAGCACGAGAUCCGCGACCGGAGGGCUGCGAGUUCUGUCACAGGUCCGGGCUGCAGCAACUGUCAUAGGUCCGGGCUGCAACACCCGGCGAGAGUGCCUAACUGCGUCUUCAGGUGGCCUAUGGAACCAGACGCGAUGGGGCUACAACCAACCACGGGUGAAAUGAGGGAGGAGUACAAGACAUCGCCCGACCGAGCUCUGAGGGAUCUGAAGGAACGAAUUAGGCGGGAAGCACCGCUGAGAUGGGAUGACCAAACCAAUGACGGAGAGCCCGACGUAAUGGGCGAGCCGGUCGUGACAGAGCCGCAGGAGGCUCUGAAGACAGGAACCUCGAGCGGCCGACGAGAAGCGACAAGACGACGCUCCCCCGAGUAUGAGCGGAGGGAAACCAUGGCGGAUAGGCACAGGGACGACUGGCGAGAGAGUUCGAGGGACUCCUAUUGGAGGGACAGAGAUAGAGAUAGAGCACCGCCGCGUCGUGUCUUCGACCCCCAAACGGGGGAAUCACACCCGCUCCCUUACGAGAGCAAGGAUCGCUAUAUUAUUACGCACAAUGCCUCAGAGCCUCCUACUUUCAGGGGUUACGACAUCACAGAAUAUCUGGAGAAGUGGGAGCUUCACGCGAGCCGGAGUAGACAAAAGAGUAUACUUAGAGAUCUUCCGCGCGACAAGCUUGACUUCCCAGAAGUCCUAAAGCUUGCAAUAAAGGCAGAGGCAGACGACUACAAGGACUUGGUGUGGAGAGGGAUAAGGAGAUGCGACUUCUCUCUCUACAAGGAGUAUGCCACUGAUAGAUGUCCUGAUUUCAAGGACUAUCCCUGGUCGGAGAAAAAUGAAGCCGUCGCCGAGGAAGUGAAGGAGAUAAGGGACAUGGUAAAGGGAUUGACAAGACAGGUUACAGAGACAAGACAGGUUACAGAGAUUGUGACCACCACAAGAGCCACGACAUACCGGGACAAUCCCGGAGGACCCUAUUCACUUCGCUGGGACCGGAGGAACACUGAUUCCUGGAGGAGUGUCGAGGAUAGAAAUCCUCGAACGCUGACUGAUUAUCGUGCGAGGGAAAGGGAGAGAGACGAUGAGCCACGGCGACAUAGGGAUGAUGAGAUAGACCGGGACCGCAGGACUCGCAAGACGUAUGGGCGUGCUAGGAGACUGGAUGACUACUCGCGUAGCCCUCGCUAUGAGCCUGACGGGGGUAGAGGCGACUCUCGAGGCCGUACGUCAGAUGAUCUGGGAGACGUAUCGAUGUUCCGUUCGAUGAAGGAGAAUGUCGAAGCAAGGAGAGUAAAGCCGAGUAGAGAAAAGGAGUCGGUUAGGAGCCAGAGCAUCAAGAUAACUUUCGAAGGAGAUAUGGCGACCACACCCAUAAGGGUGGCAGCUACCAAGUCCGCGAGAGGGUCUACAUCGAAGAAGACCGACACGGAUUACGUGAUGGCGGAGGAGGACGGACAGCAGAUCGAUGGAGAGGAGGUUAUUCUUUCGCCGCGAAAGCGGGGAGUGAAGAAGUUCUUGAUGAAGAGUUCGAUGGAUGAGAUUGACACGGUCGAGCCACUGAGACGGGCCCUUCGGCAGCCCAUGCAGUGCUCUAUUCUAGAGUACCUGGCGGCAUCGAAGCCGGCUCGCGAUGAGUUACAGAUGAUCACGCGGAAGACUCAUAUACCUCUAUCAGAGGAGGCUCAGGGGGCCCCUAAGGUGGAAGCUCCUACAGUAGCAGUAACGAGGGUGACUGCCAGAGCAGAUCGCAUGAUGACAGUUCUUCUUGAUGUGAUGGAAGGUGUGCCUCCAGACAAGUCUUACAUACUUGGUAGUGGGGCCGUGGAGGCGAUCAUAAACGACGGGGCAGUACUAGAUGCUGUGAUCGAUAACGGUAGUGAGGCUGUCAUUAUAGACGAGGAUCUGGCAGUACAGGUUGGACUGAGCCUCGAUAGGUCAUACCUAUUCGAGAUAGAGACGGCUGAUGGGAGAAAGCAACAGAUCACCGGAGUUUAUCACAAGGCAGCUAUAGAAGUCCAAGGAGUGCGAGUGACCCUGCCUGUCUUUGCAGUCAAGAACUGCAGCUCCGAUCUGCUCUUGGGACGAACAUGGUUGAGCCACAUGCACACGGUGACGAUAGAGCGACCGGAUGGGAGCCAGACAUUGUCCAUUAAGAAGCUAGAUGGGACGCGGGUUAUGAUUGAGACAGUGGAGCCUCGGAACCCGAGGAACAGAGCAGCUCUUGCUGUGGGUGCAAGACCCAGUGAUCAGAUUAAGUCAUUGCCUAUCUCCGGUCGCGUGGUGCGAUUUCGCAGGAAGAAGUAUGGACCACUGCUCACAGAGGAAGAAGGUCGGAUCGUGGAGGUGGAAGAUUUAGGGAGUCGGCUGAUAGUGGACGACAACGCGUACCCAAAUGAGACAGAUGAGGAAUUUGGCGGUGUGGUAUCUGUGUCUUUUUUAAGGGCACGGCCCCCUAUGGGGGGCUACCCAAGCAACACAAGCGAUUAGCUCAAAAAGUUAAGCCAGCGGCGGUGGGCUGCGAGCGAUUUGCGCUGGAAGGGAUAUCGGAAAAAGAGAUCGCAAAGGAAAUC